AUGCUUCGAAGAGGUCUCUGUGGGAAAUGCGCAAAGCCACUUGUGAACGAAGCUAUCUUGGCCCUUGGACAGUUAUACCACGUAAACCACUUAUGCUGCAACUAUUGCGAAACACGGAUAUGCUACAUCGAGGAAAGCUUCAUUGUUGAUAAUAAAAUGGCCUGCACUCGUUGCUUCUAUAAACUCAGCCCCAAAUGCUAUAAGUGCAAAAGGUCUGUUGUCAACGAAUAUACCGUAAAUGAUGGUCGCUUAUAUCACCUUAAUUGCUUUAAAUGCACUCGAUGUCAUCGUGUUCUGGAUGUGGAAUAUUUCGAAGAUGAAGAUGGUCGUCUAUUAGACAGAGACUGCCUUUGGGGGGAAGUGCUUAUGGAGCUUAUUAUUCGUGAUAUUGAUUACGUUGACCCUUCUAAAUAUUGA